UAUUUUGUGACAGGAUAUGGCAACUCUGUUCUCCAUAGACGUCAAACAGCUGUCAUAAUCUGGGGCCCGUGAAUUUUUCGCUUCAGCUCUUUGAACCAUUUGCAUUUCAGCAACUAAAAAUAAAAUAUAUUUAACAAAAUGAUGAACCUAUCCAGAGCCGUUGUUCGCAGCUUUGCCACUGCAAGCACUCGCCGUGCCACAGCCACCAACAAGGAGCAGAUCGAGAAGGGCUAUUUCGAAAUCCGCAAGGUUCAGGAGCACUUCCAGAAGCAUGAUGGCAAGCCCGUCCAUUUGAAGGGAUCCACUUUCGAUAGUGUGCUGUACCGCGUCACCAUGGCACUUGCCCUCGUCGGCAUUGGUGGCAUGGGCAAGCUCUUCUGGGAACUCAGUGUGCCUCAGAAGGAGGAAUAAGGCGCCAGCAGUAUAGUCUAACCCUUAAGCUAAGCCAAUUACCAGCAAAUCCCCAAUUGCAGCGUAGUUUUCCUUAUAUUUCUGUGGUUUGAUAGUAACUGAAUCCACAAAACCAUGUGUACGCAGUCCUAGAAUGUUGCUUGUGUUAGAAUUUCUAAGUUUAAUGUGUAACUGAACAUUCGCAAAAGCAUUUCAAUCGUGGAAAUAUAAGAACUUGGCUGUAAAGUUAUAAGAUA